AUAUAAAAACCCGGACAAUUUGAUUCCGGUACCGACCAGUGUUUUGUUUCGUUUUUGUUGGCUGGAUCAAUUUUCGGUUUUUGCUCUAUCUCUGUUUGUGUGUGUGUGUGUGUGUGUGUCUAUUCCUGUCAUCUGGUCAAUUGUUGAUGUGUUACGGCCAUUUUCAACUGAAUUCUUGUGUGUGAAUCAAAAAAAAAAAAAAAAAAAACUUUCGAAUGAAAACCAACAAUAACCAUUAUCAUCAUCAUCAUCAUCUAUAAUCUUCAUCGUCACAACACUAUUUUCCGUCCAUUGAUGUAAUAGUCAUCCGUGGUUCUUUUCAUAAAAUCUAUGCUUCAUUUUUUUUAUUUUCAUCUCUGAAAAACAAUUUGAUUUUUUUUCUGUAUAACAAAAAAAAGUGCCUUAAAAAUUCAGUGAUAUUGUCGUUCAUCGAAACACAUCAUCAUCAUCUUCAUCAUUAUGUCGACAAAAGAUCAAAAUGUUGGCACCACCAAUGGUGAAGAAUCUCGCCCAUUGAUUGUGGGUGGUGGCCAAAAUCCAAUGGCAUUAAAAAGUAAUCUAGCCAAACCACGUGUUGAAGAUAAUAAUGGUCAACCAAUAUCAUCGGCUACUUCACCACCAAAACAGAUUGCAUUUCGUACUGCAUCACAUACAUCACCAGCAGCAGCAGCGGCAGCGGCAGCUAAUGCAGAGAAUAAUCGAUUUCAAGUGGAUAAAGUUGAUGAUAAUGAUGAUAAUUCUGAAGAUUCUGAAGAUUCAUAUGGUGAAGGUCUUUACGGUACUAGUGGUGCCGGUUAUGCAACAAAAAAUCUAAAAAGUUUUCGCCAUUAUACACGUGAAGCAUUACCACGUGCUGAUCAUUAUCGUAAUGUUGAAUCGGUUCAUGGAUUUAUGGCACGUCCAACAUUGGAUGAAUUACAUGGUACACAGGCUACAGUUUCAUUUGAUAGUAAUACGGGAAAAAUUGUCAUACAAAAAGCAGCGGAAGAAGAAUCUAAGGAAAAGCAAGCUGUUAAAUUCGGUUGGAUCAAAGGUGUAUUAGUAAGAUGUUUGCUCAAUAUUUGGGGUGUUAUGUUAUUUUUGCGUCUUUCAUGGGUGGCCGCACAAGCUGGUAUUGUUCAGGGUACAAUCAUUCUAAUGUUGGCAUCCGUGGUGACACUUAUAGCAACAAUGUCAAUGUCAGCAAUUUGUACAAAUGGUGAAGUAAAAGGUGGUGGUACAUAUUAUAUGAUCAGUAGAUCAUUGGGUCCAGAAUUCGGUGGUUCUAUUGGUAUUAUUUUUUCAUUGGCCAAUGCUGUUGCUGUCGCCAUGUAUACAGUUGGUUUUGCUGAAACUGUUCGUGAUCAUAUUGGGCAAUAUGGAAAAAUAAUAUUCGAUGGUGGACUUAACGAUAUCCGUUUGAUUAGUUCAGUCACUACAAUCAUAUUGUUAGGAAUCGUUUACAUUGGUACUGAAUGGGAAGCCCAAACACAAGUUUUUCUUUUAUUUAUACUUUUGACUGCUAUGAGUGAUUUUUUGAUUGGUUCAGUAUUGCCACCAACUGAUACACAGAUUGCACGUGGUUACAUUGGUUGGAGCACAUCAUUGAUCUGGGAAAACAUGUUUCCAGCUUAUCGGAAUGAAACAUUUUUCACCGUAUUUUCCGUCUAUUUUCCGGCCGCUACCGGUAUUCUAGCUGGUGCUAAUAUUUCCGGCGAUUUGAAAGAUCCAUCAUAUUCAAUUCCAUUGGGCACAUUUUUGGCUAUCAUCAUCACAACAAUCAGUUAUGUUGGAUUCCAUUUUAUGGUUGCUGCCAAUGUUGUUCGCGAUGCUAAUGGUGUUGUGGAAUUGGUUCAUCAUCCUGGUGUAAAAGAUGUUGUACAAGCUAUACGUAAUUGUAGUCUUGCACCCGAUGAAAUUUGUCGUUAUGGUUCAAUGAAUAAUUUUCAGAUUAUUGAAUUAAUGUCCUGGUUUGGUCCAAUUAUUUAUGCUGGCAUCUAUGCUGCCACGUUGUCAUCAGCAUUAGCUAGUAUGGUUUCGGCACCUAAAGUAUUUCAAGCACUUUGCAAUGAUAAACUUUUCCCUGGUAUUGCAUAUUUUGGUAAAGGAUUUGGCCGAAAUAAUGAACCACGACGUGCUUAUAUUCUUACAUUUUUUAUCGGUUUUGGUUGCUGUUUAAUGGGUGAAUUGAAUGCUAUUGCACCGAUUAUAUCAAAUUUUUUUCUCGCCGCAUAUAUAUUGAUUAAUUUCAGUUGUUUUCAUGCUAGCUGGAGUAAAUCACCGGGGUUCCGUCCAAGUUUUAAAUAUUACAAUAAAUGGAUAGCAUUAUUUGGUUCAUUCCUUUGUUUGAUUGUCAUGUUUAUGACCGGAUGGAUUGCUGCAUUACUUACAUUUGUUAUUGUAUUAGCAUUACAUGUUUGGGUACAAAAACGUGCUACCGAUGUCAAUUGGGGCUCAUCAACACAGGCACAAACACAUCGUUCUGCUGUUACCAGUGUUUAUAAACUAACAAUGUUACCUGAUCAUGUUAAAACAUAUCGUCCACAGAUAUUAUUAUUAUCGGGUAAUCCACCGACAAGAUCCGAUUUUGUUGAUCUUGCACAUUUGAUCACAAAAAAUGCUGGUCUUUUGAUCUGUGGACAUAUUGUUACUACACCAAUUUCGGUUCGAGCACAGAAUGCAUUAUUACAUGAUGGAAAUCUCUAUCUAAUCAAUCGAAAUAUGAAAGCAUUUUUCACUCUAAUACAAGAUGCAAGUUUUAGUCAAGGUGUUCGUGCAUUGAUACAAUCAACUGGUAUUGGUAAAUUGAGGCCUAAUAUUGUUAUGUUGGGUUUUAAACGUGAUUGGAUUGAUUGUGAUAGAAAAGAAGUUGUUGAAUAUUUCAAAGCAAUCCAUGCCAUUUUCGAUUAUCAUUUCUCCAUUGUUAUUGUACAUGUGCCGAAUCGUAAACAAGUUACAAAUGGUGAUGUUAAACCGGCUGUUCCUGCCAUUACCGAUAAGAAUAAGGAUAUGGCUGUAGUACAAAUGAAAGAUGAUGCUAUACCGCUAGAUAGUUUCUUCUUAGCAAAACAAAAGAAAGGAUAUAUCGAUGUUUGGUGGCUGUAUGAUGAUGGUGGCCUAACAUUAUUAUUACCAUAUAUAAUACGUAAUCAAUCACAAUGGAAAGAUUGUAAAUUACGUGUUUUUGCAUUGGUCAAUAAAAAAUCCGAACUGGAUGCUGAACAAAGAAAUAUGGCACAAUUAUUAUCAAAAUUUCGUAUCGAUUAUUCGGAUGUUAUACUUAUCACUGAUUUAUUGAAACCACCAGAAGAAUAUUCGAAACGAGAAUUCCGUAGAAUGAUUGAAAAAUAUAUUGUUGAAGAUUCCGAAGAAAGACAUGAUGCUGGACAUAAAGAUGGUAUGACAUUGACUGAAGCGGAUUUGGUUCGAUUUAGAGAUAAGACUUAUCGCCAUAUUCGUCUUCGUGAAAUUUUGCUCAAUUAUUCCAAGGAUUCUAGACUGAUUGUUAUCACAUUGCCUAUGCCUCGUAAGAAUUCAUGUCCAACUGUAUUGUAUAUGGCAUGGCUGGAAACAUUGACCAAAAACAUGCCGCCUAUGAUGUUGAUGCGUGGUAAUCAGACCGAUGUAUUGACAUUCUAUUCGUAAACGUUAUCGUAUGAUUCCAUUCAACAACAACAACAACAAAAGAAAAUUGAAUAGAUUCAGACUGACAAUAAAAAAAAAACGAACAAAACACCUACAAUUAUACAUUAGCAAUAGCAAAACAUAAAAAUCUACUUACAAACCAGCAAAAAAAAAACUUAGAAGGUGAAUGAUUCAUCCAUUCCAAUUGUUACUUUUUGCUUAAUAUUUUCGUUGACAAUCCUUUUUAUUGUUUAAAAUUCUAAUUAUCGUUA